GUAAUUGUGAUAAUAAUUGUGAUAGCGGAGAAAGCUGUUCCCGGUGUGGGAGGGAGGCGGCGGGUGUGAGGCAGGGGGAGGCGCUGCUCCCGUCCCCGUGCUGCACCUGCCCCGUGCCGGUAUAUAUGCGCCGAGGCAGCCGGCCAGCAGCAGGCAGAGGGAGCGCUCGGUCAGGAGCAUGGGGUCCCCGGGCACGCUGGGCAGGAGACUGCUACUGAGCGCAAGCACAGCCAAGGAAGCAGAUAGGAUCCUCUGCAUUGGACAGCUGUGUCAUUAAGACAAGGGCAUACUCUGGAUUGAGCAAGGACACCAUACUGACUUCUUCAACACGUUCCCUGCAGCUCCCGUUUUGCUUUCUGCAAGAUAAGGGGGUAUUUCCUCCCACUAUGGUGGUACCCAGAGGGCUCUAAUUACUUGCUGGAGAAGGUGUCAUGCUCAGAAGGGCUGGGGGGUGGAGAAGAUCCAGUGUGAACAAGUGGAGGUAACAGUCUUCAUCCAGGAAGAGGCUGCAGACCAAGGAGGACUCCCAACUAUUUUUAGAAAUCGAAUUUUGAACGAAAAGCCACCAUGGCUACCAUGAUCAGGAGCAAACUGUCCAGUGCGGCCACCUCAGUAUCUAACAAGUCCCAGGCCAAGGUGAGUGGGAUGUUUGCCAGGAUGGGGUUUCAAGCAGCCACCGAUGAAGAAGCUGUUGGCUUUGCCCAUUGCGAUGACCUGGACAUGGAACACAGGCAAGGUUUGCAGAUGGACAUCUUGAAGACCGAGGUGCCUGCUGGAGAUGUCCCAGCUGAGGGAGACAUCCACUACCAAAGAGACGGCACAGGACCCCCUCCCUCUGAUUCUAAAGAUGAAGGACUGUGCUCUGAGCUUUCUUCUGUCGGAAAACCUAAAAUCACAGCUUGGGAAGCUGGCUGGAAUGUCACCAACGCCAUCCAGGGAAUGUUUGUUUUGGGUUUACCCUAUGCUAUUCUUCAUGGUGGAUACCUGGGACUGUUCCUUAUCAUUUUUGCUGCUGUGGUGUGUUGCUAUACGGGGAAGAUCCUCAUUGCCUGCCUCUAUGAAGAGAACGAGGACGGUGAGACGGUUAGGGUGAGAGACACGUACGUAGACAUUGCCAAUGCAUGCUGUGCACCGCGGUUUCCUAAACUUGGUGGAAGAAUUGUCAACGUUGCUCAGAUAAUCGAACUGGUCAUGACGUGCAUCCUGUAUGUAGUGGUGAGCGGAAACUUGAUGUACAACAGCUUCCCGACCUUACCAGUGUCCCAGAAGUCCUGGUCCAUCAUAGCCACUGCUGUGCUCCUUCCAUGUGCUUUCCUCAAGACCCUCAAAUCUGUGUCCAAAUUCAGCUUGCUCUGCACCUUGGCUCAUUUUGUUAUAAACGUCCUGGUAAUCGCCUACUGUCUGUCGAGAGCAAGGGACUGGGCUUGGGACAAAGUCAAGUUCUACAUAGAUGUAAAGAAGUUUCCUAUCUCUAUAGGCAUAAUUGUCUUCAGUUACACCUCCCAGAUCUUCUUGCCCUCUCUGGAAGGAAACAUGCAAACCCCAAAGGAAUUCCACUGCAUGAUGAAUUGGACUCACAUCGCAGCUUGCAUUCUGAAAGGACUCUUUGCUCUGGUGGCUUACCUAACGUGGGCCGACGAAACCAAGGAGGUCAUAACAGAUAACCUGCCAUCCACCAUCAGGGCAGUGGUCAACAUCUUCUUAGUGUCCAAGGCCUUACUCUCCUAUCCACUGCCCUUCUUUGCUGCUGUGGAGGUCCUGGAGAAGUCUCUCUUCCAAGAAGGAAGCAGGGCACUCUUCCCAAACUGCUAUGGGGGUGAUGGGAGAAUUAAGUCUUGGGGGCUCGCUCUCAGAUGCGCUUUGGUCAUAUUCACUUUGCUGAUGGCCAUCUAUGUGCCCCACUUCGCCCUGUUGAUGGGUCUCACCGGAAGCCUCACAGGAGCUGGUCUUUGCUUCCUCCUUCCAAGUCUCUUCCAUCUGAAGCUUAUGUGGAGGAAGCUUCUUUGGCAUCAUGUCUUCUUUGAUGUUGCCAUCUUUGUUAUUGGAUCCAUCUGUAGUGUCUCUGGAUUUGUGCAUUCUUUAGAGGGUCUCAUAGAAGCCUUUAAAUACAAUGUAGAAGAUUGAUUCCAAAAUGUCGGGGUGACGAUCGUCACGAGCAUCGCGACUAAUUAUGCAUCAUUUUCUACUGACAUUCUCAUCAUAGAUAUUCAUGCCAACCCUUCAUUUGCCAGUUGGAUUGACAAUACAGGGGUUUCCAAUGUGUUCUCAACCCUUCUUGCAGCUAAGGAGUUAACCCCAUGCACAUAUCAUCUGUUGCAAUCCAUUUUUUAUUCUGGAAAAAAAUAAAUAAUGGCAAAGAAGAAAAAUACAAAGCAGCUCAUAUCAGUAAAUAACUGUAUAUUAAUCGAAGGGAAAUAUUUUAUUUUUGUUAUAUUUAUUUAGAGAAUAAUUUCAAUAAAUUAGGGUGGAAAUAAAAUAUAUAGAGAAAUAUACUUGAAUGCAAAAGAAUAUGGAGGUUCGUAGAGAUAUUUAUGAUUUCAGGCUGGUCUGCAUGUAUAUUUAAAAAAUAAAUCAGCCAUUAUUACACCUAAUUAUUAAUCAUUAUUAGGAAACUGGCCGGGGGUAGGGGGCACCUUAAUGUUUGACCAAACAGAUGCAAUAACUACUUGGACAGUAAUUACAGGCUUUACGGCAAACUUAUUUUCAGAGCUGGUCUGUGUUUUCUCUGACCCAAUUUAACACAAAAAAAGAAAGAUUAACAAUUAACCUUUGAACUCCAGCAGUGACCCCCUUUUUAUUUUACUUUUCUGGUAGGGGGUUUCUCUAAGAGCGGCACACACAUGGGAUUUGUAUAGGGGCAGAAGUUCAUCAUGUGCAGUUUUUUUUUCCAAAGUGCAAGGUGUGUUACCUGUGGGUACGUGUGUGUGUGUGUGAUGUAACUGUGCUCACAGACAAAUGUAUAUCCUAAAAUUCUAUUGUGGUACCUUAAUAUAUCAGUUCAAUAAAGAGACAUAUUCCCGUGG